UAGGUUAGUUUGGUGAACUCGAACUUGCAGAGUACGGCAGUCCCAGAAGAAGAAAGGGGGAUCGGUGUCAUGGCGGCCAAGGUGGCUAUGGUGGCUGUGCCGGCGAUGCUGGGCAUCGCCUCCAUUAGAGUGUACACCAUUAGUGAAAUGUCCACUGAAGGCCUCAUUACUCGAGAGAAGUUGAACAUCUACACCCCAGUGCCAAAGUCUGCUCAGGUCCAGGUUGUUCCUGAUCAGCCAGGGCUGAUUGAGAGUGGCUUUGCUACAGCAAGAGAAGGCCUCCAACCCUUUGUUCAUAUAGUGAAGGGAGCCUGCAUCUCUGUGAAAAGAGGAAGUGUAAAUCUCUACCACGCUGGAGAGGAUGUGUACUAUUGCUUAAAAGAUCCUCCUCCGGGUUUCCUACCAAGGCUUGGCACCAUCACCAUGGCUGGCCUCCUUGGCAUGUUCGUGGCACGCAAAGGCUCUCGUUUAAAGAGGAUCAUGGUCCCGUUGGGUCUCAUGAGUGCUGGGGCAUCGGUGUGCUACCCAGCCCAGGCAGUGGCUGUCUUUAAGGUGACAGGCAAGAAGAUGUAUGCUGCCGGCCAGUGGAGCCGCACUACUGUGUCUUCACUGCUCACCUCGAAGCCCCCAGAGCCUGAUGCUGCUCGACAACCACAGGCAACUCCUGUGCCCCCACCAGAGGCGACAGUAGUUGACGAGCCUCGUCACCCUUCAGAGCCCGGCACAGUGCCGAGUUUUGCCAUCUCAGACACAGAGGUGCGAUCAGCGGAAUGUGGUCCAGAUGCUGAAAAUCUCAUCAUUGCUAUCGCAGACGAAGAGGCGUCAGUCAAACUCACCGAGAUUUCAGCCGAGCAGGCGGCUGCGGAGAUAGACUCAGAAUCACUUGACUGUAUUGAAAGUGAGGCGCUUCAAGCCUCAAAAGAAGCACAAGAGGGCGCCGUUGCCGUAUCUAAUGAUGCCAUCACUUCAUCAGAGGCCAUCUCUCCAGCUUCUGAUGGCACCCCCGCUGAGACCCUGCCUGCUGAGCCCACACAACGUUCAGAAACAGAAACCAAAGAGUGUGCUCAAGUUGAAUCGGCUCCAACUGAUGUUCCUGCUUCCACUGCGGAUCCGCCGAGCAUCAAGACCUCAAAUGAAUCAGCAGGAGGCGCUGGAUUUACACCAGAUCCUGCUCUCUUGGACUUUGGACAGUCCAGUCCUGAGGAUGAAGACCUGUACAGCACUCGCUGAUUUCAAUACGGCUAUCGUACAUCUCAUCUGGAUUGACACACACCGUUGAAACACAGCAUACAUUGUGCACUUGUUUUUUUCAUCUGAAAAUACUCUUAAUUCCUCCCGCAACCUUUUACUUUCAGCAAGAACCAAAAGCAUAUUUUUGUGGAAGAACAGAUGUGUGUGCAUGUGUCCUACAGAUGGCUGACUGUGUAAUCCUCACACUCUGAUGUUUAACAACUAUUUGCUGUUGCAGUCCCCACUGCCCUGAACGCACAGUGCAGUGCAUCACCAUGUUGAACAGUUGGAAUGCCGUAUGCUAUCAGUAGUGAUGAUGAGAAAAAAAAGAUGGAUCUAAAGUUGUGCAAUUUCGUUAUCGUCCAAAAACGUCCACUUAUUGAUUAAAUAAGUCAAAUAAAGCUCUAUUUUUCUUGCAUCCA